GCCUGCUGCUGACAUCACUUUCACUGGGAAAGCGAACGCGAGGAGCCAGCCUGCAGCCCGGGAAUCUGCCAAUCGAGCCGCACGGCAACAAAAUCAAUUAAACUACCAACACUGCAGGACAACCGCCAGAACAACAAAGCUGCCAAGAGCCAAUUAUCGAGCAAAAGCGCACGGAAACCGAACGAAGGACGAGCCCAUCGCAAGCAAGAUGUUCUCCAUGUGCACCAAAGUGAAAUCGCGGAGUGCGGAUCCGGACACCCCAUUCACGCAGCAGUCGCAGUCGCAGUCGCAGUCGCAGCAGAUGCAGCAGCUGCACCUGCAGCAGCCCCAGGCGAUGGGAACUGGCGGAAAACAAAUCAAGGGAGGCUAUCUACUGCGCUACAAAAAGCAGAUGUUCUGGAACCGCUGGGCGGAGGAAUGGGUGGUGCUGUACGAUGACUCGACCAUGGCCUGGUUCACGGAGCCGGGACGCUCCUCUCCGACGGGCAAGAUCCUGGUGAAGGAGGCGCCCGAGAUGCUGGCCAUCGCCCACUGGACCGGCCAGAUACCUCGUCGUCCGCCGCUGCCGGCGGGAGUGAAUGUGUCCCAGUUGAUUGCCCUCGGAUCGCAGCGCAAGCGGUCGAAGGUCUACUGGAUGCUGGCCAAGUCGGAGCAGGAGGUGAGCGACUGGAUCGAUGCGAUUACCAAGACCCUGCCGCCGCCACCGCAAAUCGAGCUGGUGGUGGACAAGCCGCACCUGAUGAACGUGCUUCGCCGUCCGCUGGUGCGCAUUAGACCGGCCACCCAGUCGGAGGUGAAGCAGCGCAAGGCGGCGUCCCACGGUGCCAGUGGCAGCAAACAUCACCGCUGCUCCUCGGCGAUUUCCACGAUGGUGUACCGGCAGAGCCAGGAUCCGCUGGUGAAGAGCGACGCGGCGGUGGCCAUUCUCAGCAAGAAACCGGACUCAAAGGCCUCGCUGGCUUGCGCCCUGCCCUGGGGCCACGGAUGGGGCUGGGCCACGCUGCCCAACGGGGUUUGGAGCGGCGGACUCACCUGGUCGCAGUGCGAGGACACCUUCACACUGCACGCCCUGCCCACUACCCACUGCACCAACCUGAUCGACACCUCCUGCAGCGGGGCAGUGUACCACACGGACAUCGGAGGCUUCGACUUUCACUCCUCGGGCGUCGAUGACAUCGGGGGCGAGGACUUCGACUAUGCCAUGGACUGCGGGGAUUUCAUAUUCUAAGCUUCACCCAACCC